UCCUCUCGUUCCCCCCUUUCUUCCCACUUCUUCCUCAUCUCAUCCCAUUCUUCCCCUCGAUUCCCUGCGGUCUUAAUCUAUAUUUGAUCCCGAUUCAAAGAACACAAGUGCUCCGAUCGCUUCCAUUUUCCGAAUCGGACUCUGAUCUUCGAUCGGGGAGAGGAACAGGGAGGAGCACACGAAGCAAUCGCCCUACUGUGGGUCAGUCGGCCGCAUCCUAGACUUCAGGGGGAAUCAGUGGAUGUUCUGCUGCCUUUGAUGUGUGCUGCGCGUUCCCCGUCGUUGCCUUGCUCCAUCUGAUUUGAUCUAGACCGUAAAAAUCCGAUCUUUUCUCCUGCCUCUGUUUCUCUGCCUGGGCCUCUCCAUCUGUCUCUUCCCGUGGAAUUUGGUCUCUUUUCUUUGUGAAGGAUGUUUUCGAUCCGUGGUUUUGAUGACGAACCGACUCCAAGAUGCAAUUGCUUUUUUUGGUUGAACGAAGGAUGUGGUGUUCUGUGUUCAUCGGUGUUCGAUUGUGUUGUUCGUAUGGCAUAGAGGUUUGAAGAUCGAGAACUGUGGAGUUGAUAUGAUCUCUCAGAAAUACUGCAGCCAUUAGUUCUGAGUGUUGCUUUGCUGACAAUCGGGGUUUUGUCAAUCUUAUAGACUGCUGCUUUGGAGUUAGUUGAACGAGGAUAUAGCCUUGGAUUGGAUUCACUCUACUGCUUGAUCCUUGGGCACUUGCCCGAUGGAUCCCACCACUAGUGGUAGCAGUUCUUCCCUACCGUUUCAGACCAUUGUAGAUCCAUCCCUUUCUUUGGUGCCCCCAUUGCAGCGAACCUUCAAACGUGUGCAGAGGCAUUGCUUUGGUGACUCGAACCCAGGGGAAUUCCCCUUGGCUGAAACCCCCUCUAUCGUUCUCAUUAUUCUAACCAAUUGCGAUUUGGAACCCCGGGAUCUUGCUAAUCUGGAGGCAACAUGUACAUUUUUCAGAAAGCCUUCAAAUUUUGCUCCUGAGGUCCAGUUAUCUAUCACAGAGCUCGCAGCAUUAGACAUGUGCCAGGAAAGGGCCAUCUUCAAGCCAAUGAAUUCAGAAGAAAAAGAACUUCUUAAACAACGCUGUGGGGGAUCUUGGAAAUUAGUUCUUAGGUAUAUAUUGGCAGGUGAGAUAUGUUGCCGGAGAGAAAAGUCUCAGGCAAUUGCGGGUCCUAGUCACAGCAUUGCCGUGACUUCAUCUGGAUCUGUAUAUUCCUUUGGAUCCAACAGCUCAGGACAGCUCGGCCAUGGCACCUUGGAGGAGGAAUGGAGGCCACGACUUAUAAGAUCGCUGCAAGGCAUUCGGAUUAUACAAGCAGCCGCCGGAGCAGGGCGAACAAUGCUGAUCAGUGAUGCUGGACAGGUUUAUGCUUUCGGGAAGGAAUCAUUUGGUGAGGCAGAACACACAAUUGAAGGGUCCAAGGUUGUCACUACACCGCGACUGGUGAAAUCAUUGAAAGACAUAUAUGUGGUUCAGGCAGCAAUAGGAAAUUUCUUCAGUGCAGUUCUUUCUCGAGAAGGCAGAGUCUACACUUUCUGUUGGGGAAAUGAAUCAAAGCUCGGUCAUCGCACAGAACCAAGUGACUUGGAACCACAUCCGCUAUUGGGUCCUCUUGAGAACAUACCAGUGGUUCAGAUUGCCGCUGGCUACUGUUACCUUCUAGCACUGGCAUGUCAACCAAGCGGCAUGUCGGUCUACUCUGUGGGCUGUGGCUUAGGAGGGAAACUUGGGCAUGGUUCCAUGACUGAUGAGAAGUAUCCAAGGUUGAUCGAGCACUUCCAGACUUUAAACCUGCAGCCUAGGGUGGUUGCAGCUGGUGCCUGGCAUGCUGCCGUCGUGGGACAAGAUGGGCGGACAUGUACAUGGGGAUGGGGGCGCUAUGGGUGCUUGGGCCAUGGGAAUGAGGAGUCUGAAUCUGUUCCCAAGGUCGUGGAAUCCUUGGACAACAUAAAGGCUGUACAUGUCGCAACGGGCGACUACACUACAUUCGUUGUUUCUGAUACUGGGGAUGUUUACUCAUUUGGUUAUGGAGAAUCCUCAAGUUUGGGUCAUUCCUCCGUCAUUGAUGGACAGGGUAACAGGCAUGCCAAUGUACUCAGCCCAAAAUUAGUGACUUCACUUAAGAACAUCAAUGAGAGGGUAGUGCAGAUUAGUCUCACCAACUCGGUCUACUGGAACGCGCAUACCUUUGCUCUAACAGAUUCCGGGAAACUGUAUGCAUUCGGAGCGGGUGAUAAGGGGCAGCUCGGCACUGAACUUCCUGCACAGCAGACCGAAAGAGCGAUGCCAGAGCAAGUCAACAUCAAUCUUAGUUAGUUCAGUCGCUUCGUGUCCUGACGCCCUGCUGAUUCUUUGCAGUUCCAUUCAAUUGCUUCCAGCACUAAUCAAAAUCUCCUCUUGUUCAUAUGACUAUAGCUUGAUCUGUUCAUAGUUCAUGUUGAAGUGUAUAUAACAGUGAACCUCGUUAGAUGAUGCAUCCUUGCAGUUCAAGGAAGUCUCAACAGGUGAAGCACUUUGGAUCCUUCAAAUGUAUAAAGCUGACAAAUGUACUUAGGUAAUUUAAUUUGCAGUGUACCAAAUUGUUUGCCUUCUUUUUUCUAAUUCAAUGGUUCAUAGAUUCAAA